AUGUCGGGCGCUAUCGUUCGCGGUAUGCGGGCCGGUUCCCAGCCUUGUCAGUACAAUUUCUGCCCUUUUGCUGCUGCCUUUGGUCUCUACUUCCCCAGGAAAGAGUACUCAGAGAAUGUCUACAUAGAUCAGCCAGCAGGUACGCCGCUCCUGCGCAUCCAUGCCUUGAGGGAUUCACACGGGGAAGUGGCCCACUUUCAUCUGUGCCAGAACCUCAUCAUUUCUCGAGCGAGAUCCCAUGAAAAUCACUGGUUUCAAAUCAGAGAAAAAACAGGACUUCUCUACCUCAGCAAAAGCCUGGAUAGAGAAGACUUUAACAUGCUGUCUGUAGGAAACUGGAUGCCCUUAUCAAAGGUGAUGCUCUAUGUCUUCCUUUCAUCCCACCCUUUCCAAGAGAAGGAAUGCGACUCUGCUAUGCGCACCACGGUUUUCCUCUCCUUGAUCAAUGCUACUGCACCAGCUUGCAGUUCCCUGACAGCAAGGCAGCUUUGCUUCACAGAAAUGGAUCUCUCCUUUCACAUCAAGGAGAAUAAACCACCUGGCACAUUUCAUCAGCUCCAGCUACCCUCAGUUCACCAUCUGUGUCAGAAUCUCAGCAUUUCCUAUAAACUGCUGGCAGCUGAAGGUAUGCCCUUUCGGUACAAUGAGAACACUACUGGUGUGAGCGUGACGCAGCGCCUAGAUCGAGAAGAGAGAGAGAGAUAUGAGCUCAUUGCCAAAUGUACUGUGAGAGAGGGCUUCAGGGAAAUGCAGGUCGGGGUGCCCUUCCUGGUGAACGUGUUAGAUGAAGAUGACUCUCCUCCCUUCCUUCCCAAUGGCACUGAUACUGCAGAUGCUGUCGUGGAGUUCAACAGGAAGGAGGGAACUGUCCUUGCAACGCUAACUGUAUAUGAUGCAGACACCACACCUAUUUAUCCACUUGAAAGCAGCAGAAAGAAAUACACAGGAACCAUCAUUACUGAUGAUCCCUGGAUAAGUGAAACAUUUCGCGUAGAGCACAUCUUCGAUGAAAUCCACUUCAGCCCAAAUGGCAGCCAAGUGAGGGGAACUCAACAUGAGUACAAACUGGUACUGAAUAAAAGUAUUUCAGUCACAGAGCAUCGUUCCUUCCAGUUGGACGUUUUGGUGAAUGACACAGAAUUUCAUGGUCCAGAAAGAUCAGUGAUGCUUCAUUUCAAUGUCUCCAUCCUCCCUGUCAGCAUUCAGUUUCCAAACAUGACUUACCAGUUCACAGUGAACAGAAAUGCUGAACGCUUUGCACAAAUAGGAAAAAUCUGCAUCGAAAACUGUAUGAAAUUCCGUGGUGUGAACAUCACCUACAAGUUACUGUCCCCCAACGUAAGCUGCUAUCCUGUCAGCAUACUUCAAGGCCGAGAAGACAAAUAUGGAAGCCUUUAUGUGAAUGAUUCCUCUGUGCUACGCAGACCUGAAUGCAAGGAAAUACAAUACACUAUUCAAGCUACAGACAAGCAGAGCAGGAAACAUACCAAAACCCUCCUCACUGUUGUAUUGGAAGGAACUCUUUUAAAAAAAGAGGAGGACUGCCCUGACUCUUGUGCUGUGAGUAAGCACCAUGCUGAAUGUGAAGAGUGUGGUGGCCUGGGAGUGCUAACAGGAAGAUGCCAGUGGAGACAGGGGAGUGGAAAAGGGAUCACCACAAACUAUUCCACGUGCACCCCGAGUAUCAAGACUUGUCCGGAUGGCACCUGUGAUGUGAUUGAGAGCAAAGAUCCAGCUGUGUGUCCCCAAGACUGCACAAGUGGAAACAUUAUUGGUGGUCAUGGGAAAGGCAUUGGAAAUCUUGGAAUUAAGUCAGGACAUGGGAUUUGUUACUGCUUCCCCAGACAAAACUGUUACUGUGAGAAAGAUGAUAUCAAGGAGCAACUAUGUGAUGAUGUGUGCAAGACAGUGAUAGCAGGGGCAGUGCUGCUGUCCUUCAUCAUCUCCGUGCUGCUUUCAUCCUAUUUCAUCCAUCGGUACCACAAGAAUUCUCCGAAGCCGCCUAUUGCCUCUGCAGAAAUGACGUUCCGGCGCCCAGCCCAGUCCUACCCCAUCAGUUAUUCUUCCACUAAUGUCCGCCGACCUUCUUUAGAUUCCAUGGAGAACCAGGUGUCUGUAGACACCUUUAAAAUACCAGAAGAUCCGAAGUGGGAAUUUCCUCGGAAGAACCUGGUUCUAGGCAAGACUCUUGGAGAAGGAGAAUUUGGAAAGGUCGUCAAGGCAACAGCAUUCCGACUCAAGGGAAGAGCUGGCUACACCACUGUGGCAGUGAAAAUGCUAAAAGGUACAUUCCUAUCUGUGUCUGAAAUUAUUUGA